GGGCUCCAGCGGGCGUGGCAAACCAAAGCGAAAGGCAGUGUUUAUUUUUGGGUGUGUGGGAGUGAAUGCGUGAGCCAGGCCAUUCCCCUUCCUUGGCCAGCCUCUUCGUGAGUCGUGACACCCAUUCGCCUCCUCACCCUCGCCCUCUCGCCAUUCACGAGUUGGAAGUUGGACAGGGAAGUGAAACCCGUCGUGGCAAGACGAUCCAGAAUGGUGGCUUUGGGGAGCAUGGGGGAGCUGACACAGACUCGAUCUCCACUGUUCUCCAAUAGAGCGUUCAUCGUUGGCUACUCAGGUUACAUCCCCGGACUGAUGUUUCGGUACGGCAAGACCUUCGGGAGGGCGGCAGAGGAGAGCAUCUCGCUUUACAUCCAGCAGCAGAGUGACAGACGGGCCAAGGAGGAGGCCCGACGCUCCAAGUCCCUCCCACGGGUACGACAGAGGAGAUCCGAGACGAGAGUGAUUGAGGAUUUCUACAGCAAAUACGGAAUCGACGGACGCAGCAACCCUAACUACCCUCCACUGCCUGGCUACACUGGUUACAUCCCCAAGAUGAAGCCCACAGACCUUGGCAUCGGCAGGACCUUCAGCGCCGCCGCCCGGAGAGGCCUCGCGCACGUCACCACGGCCAGGGAGCAGCGACAGUCCCUCCAACCACGCCUGCACGACUCGGCCCCGCCCUCAGCAACCCGCUACACCAAGGCGCCGUCAUAGUGAGAGGCUGGGUGGGUGGGGCGAAGGCUGACUGACUGAGAUGGUGGUGGUGGUGGUGGUGGUUGGAGUAGUGGGUGCGUGAGUGACUUGUGGUUGUGGUGGGAUGUGGUGACGGUGGUUGGGGUACAGAUUCCUUGUUUUCACACUUAUAAGCAAUCACACUAACAUUAUUAUUCGCCACUGCAAUAAACUCCCCAACGCAACCGCUACCACCACUACGCAAACUAAUUCCAACCUAAAUAUUUAAAGAUCACUUCGUCCUAGACUGAAUAUGACUCCUUCCAGUGGUCUUUUAAACUUCACCUUCACGUCAAAAUCCCAUCAUCUGUGAGACUUUAAAAUCAUGUUAGAAAAAAGUUAACCUGACCUCAUGAUACCUGGGCACAACUUACCACAGCCUAUUUAAUGAGAUUAUACCAUUAAAAUUCACCUUAUUAUUAUAUUAACACCAAUAAAAGCUUUACCUACCAUACAUAACAACCACUGCCACCACCAAAGACCCAAUUCACCACCAAAUCAAUAAUCUCAAGUGGCAAUUUACAAUACCAGCGACCACUACCACCACCAUUACCACCAAGUCCAGCCAACCAUCACCACCACCACCACCAUCACCACUAGACCCUCCACUACACACCAGUUACAUCCACCCACCAAAACCACCACCACCUACCACCACCACCACCGCCACCACCACAUCCCUCAACCAACACACACUUUCCUAGCAAUCACACACAAAGUUAUUCAUCACUGCAAAAAACUUCCCACCCACCACACCACAACCACUACCACCACUUCACAACACUAUUACAAUCUAAAUAUUAAUGAUUGCUUCGUCUCUCUCUCUCUCUCUCUCUCAACCGUUCGCUUCAGGAGAGGAAUUUUUUAACACUCGCUAACUCGUCGCUUUUGGUAUGCAUUAAUACCGGCCGUUCGUAAGUCAAGCCAACACAACACACGCUCGUAAGUCAGGCAACACAAGACCCGUGCGUGCGUAAGUCAGGGCAACACAGGCGCCAGCACGUGAUUCAGAGCAACACAUAAGUUCCCCCUAAGACGCGUAACUCCUCUCGUUUUCUUUUUUAAGCUUGUAUGUCACACGGUCGAGACAAUAGUCGUGUGUGUGUGUGUGUGUGUGUGUGUGUGUGUGUGUAGAAUCUGGGUCACAUACUAUGAUGUUGUGUGUCUAUUGUGUGUGUAUAAGAGAGAGAGAGAGAGAGAGAGAGAGAGAGAGAGAGAGAGAGAGAGAGAGAGAGAGAGAGAGAGAGAGAGAGAGAGAGAGAGAGAGAGAGAGAGAGAGAGAGAGAGAGAGAGAGAGAGAGAGAGAGAGAGAGUAAACUAAAAAGCCCUCCCAGUUACAUAACUUGAAAGAAACAAGGAAAAUUAGAAGACAACGAUGAAAAUAAUACUAAUAUUAAUAAUAAUAAUAAUAAUAAUAAUAAUAAUAAUAAUAAUAAUAAUAAUAAUAAUAAUAAUAAUAAUAAUAAUAAUAAUUCAAGGCAAUAUUAAUACGAUGACUAAUUAAACCUUGUAAAUAAACCCCAUUCGACUGAGCAUAUUUAAAACUAAAAUCAAAAAUACAAAUAUGAAGCAAACGAAGAUAUUUAAAUUCACGGCCACUAAGAAACACUGCAAAACUUUCCUUCCUUAGCGGGAUAGAAUACUAAUUUCGCCUCAGCAGUUGAUACACGGGUCCGAGUCCACAAUGCAGGCAGACAAAAGAAAAGGAAACUUGUGCAGCGUUUUAAUGCGAGGGACAAAAGGCCGAGGCUGAACCAUUACCCUGACUGCAAAUCCCUCCAGAGUAAAAAGCCGUCCCUGCCUCUCUCCCUCCCUCCUUCUCUCCCUCUUUGCCUCCCUCUUUCCCUGGUCUCCUUUUCUGCUCCUCCUUCCAUUCUGCUCUUUCUCUGCUUCCCUUUUGCUCUCCUUAUUCCUCUGUUUAUCCCUCCAUUCUUUUUUCUUCCUAUUUGUUUCUUUCUCCAUUCUUCUUCUCUGUCUCUUUCCUAUUUCCUUAUUUUCUUUAGUCUUUCUCUGUUCUUUUUCGUUUUCUUGUUUAUUUGCUCUUCUCCUUAGCUUUCCUUAUUCCUCUGUUCAUCCCUCCAUUUUUUUUCCUAUUUGUUCCUUUCUCUAUUCUUCUUCUCUGUCUCUUUGCAACUUCCAUAUUUUCUUUAGUCUUUCUCUGUUGUAAUCAUUCUUCUUCUGUUAAUCUGCUCCUCUCUUACUCUCCCUACUUCUUCUCUGGUCUUUUCCCACUCUUCUGCUACCAUUUCUCUGUUCCUUUUGCUAUUCUUCUCUGCUUAUCCACUCCCCCUAUUUACGCUUCAUUUCACUUAUUUUCUCCAUUCACUCUGUUCCUAACUACUUCCAUCUUCCCCCAUCUCUCUCUCCAACACCUCCUCUUCCUUUCCUCCUUACACCUGUCAACAUCACGAAUUCCUUUUAAGUAUUUACCUGACGCCGCCCCGCCCAGGUAGGCAGUCCAGAGUCCUACCUAGAACUUGAGUCAGAACCACACAGUAAAACCUCACUCAUACUGUUACCAGACUCGCCCUUAAUUCCCCCUCUCUCUCUUCCUCUCUCUGCCUCACUAUAGUUUUGUUUCCCUGCUAUUCUAGUGUCUAUGUCGCUAUGUUGUGUGUGUGUGUGUGUGUGUGUGUGUGUGUGUGUGUGUGUGUGUGUGUGUGUGUGUGUGUGUGUGUGUGUGUGUGUACGUGCAGUAUAAAGUUAAUGAUGUUAAUUCCUCUACAUGUGUUUGGACCAGGUUACGACGGGUGCCGUGUGUGUGUGUGUACCUGUGUGUAUGAACCUGUGUGCGUACCUGUAUACCUGGGUGCCAAGAUGAGCGUCCAGGACCACGCUUAAGGCUGUUGAGUUUCGAGAGUCUGGUUGUUGAUAAAUUAAGGACUUGUUGGAUGACACUUAAAUUUUACCCGUAUGUAUGUAUGUGUGUAGUCUAUCCAUUGAUCCAUGACGUAAAGUAUAUGUUUUGCAAGAGAUCUAUGUAUAUAUUCUGCCAGUUAGCCGCUGCAAUGCUGUACAGUUACCUCUCAUAAUGCUUCGAUAACGUAAAAAGGGAGAUAAUUCAGUAAUGGCUCUAAACGUUUCCUGCCUGAUACGCACACAUUCAACUCUGCCAGCCUGAUGCCCCAUUUCCAAUACCACCCUCAUACUACCGCCUGUUAAGCUUAGAAUAUCCAGAGAAAACACACACGCAGCCGUCUGUUCAUAUUUAUAUUAUAUUUUGACCUCUCUUUCGGCCACCUCUUCUGAUUCUUUUUUAGGAGCAGCGAGUAGCGGGAUUUUUUUUUAUUAUUGUUUCCUUUUUUGUGUGCCCUUGAGCUGCCUCCUUUGUUGUAAAAAAAAAAAAAAUUCAAGAUACCUUUUUAGAUAUCCUACGAUCCUGUUUCUACGCCGUGUGGGGAUAUCGAGGCGCUAUUACAAGACCACCAUGGCCCAUAUCCUCAAACAUUUUGGGGCUCACACACACACUCAUUUGAUAAGGCUUUCGUAGAGGUUGUGGGUGUUCCAUGGGUAGUUUUAUGAGCCUAACCCGGUAGCAGCGACGGGUCAAAUUUGUGGUUUUACCGUGUAGCAGCGACGGGCCAAUUUUUUGUCAUGAUAAAGACCCCCCAAAAUAGAUGAUGCAUAAACUGACCACAAAUGCGUUGAUAUGUAUUACGAAAUGGUGUGUGUGAGUGAUGAUUUUUUCUCAUUAAUUCGCUUAGAGGGGCCUUUAAGAAACAUGAUCCCCGCAGGUACCGAGCUAAUGAGGCUUGACAGUAUUUCUGCACCAUGAAUGUUGGGCACCCUCAUGAUAACCUAACUAAUCUCGCUUGUGGCCUUUGUAAAUAUUUGCCGUGAGAGCCGAAAGGGUUUGAGAAUACGGGUCCUGGAAGAGAGAACAAGCGACAGAUAGACAGGACGGACACACUCCUGCUGAUGGCUGUAAAUGCAUAUGCUCUAGACUUUUCUCGCGUUACUUCAUAUCCUGGCGUGAGAUUUGCUUCCGUUGCAGACUGUACAAAGAUAGCGAUAUACUAGACGAAGCAGUAGUAGCAAGGAAAACAGCUCUUGCGCGGGCGGUGACCAUCUUGCCCUGCUGUCCCGGUCCGGCGCGGCGAGACAGGCCCUGGUGAUGUCAUGCGCGCGGGGAGCUUAGCACGCGCGACACACGAGCGGAAAACACGAGGCGACGAUGCGAGGAAUACACUCGAGCCGUAAGCCUGAGCGUGUGAUAAGCCGUGGGCCAUUACUGAGCCAUGACUCCGAGGCUCGGCGUGAGAGAUGACCCUCCAAAUACAAGAGAGUGAGUGGCUAAAAGCUUGCGAUACCGAUAACGAGUUUGCGUCCCUGGUAGGAUGUUUUGAUCGACUAUCCUCCGCCUCGCCUCAGCUGCUUUAGGAUGGCAAGGCGUUUCAAGGGGAGGCGAGGAGGAAAGAGCUACUCCAUUCAGAUUUUUGUGACACGCCUCACACUGAUGAGACACAAAACUCGAAAAGAAAAUGAAAAAGAAAUUCUAUCGUGGCACAGGGAGGAAAAGCUGGAUACAAAUUCAAGGAGGGAAAAAGAAGAUACUGAAUCUGAAAGGACGGAGAUGCGAAUACUCGAAAAGAGAAAAAGGAUAAAGAAAGAAUAUAUUGUAACACAAGGAGGAAAAGAUAUAAACCCUCAAAAAGGAAAGAAAAAAAAGAAUCUUCAGCGUUGUAAUAAAAACACACGGAAAGACAUUUAGAAAGAAAGUAAAGAUAAAUAUGUUUGUGGUGAUGAAGGGAGAAAUCGAGAUACCAAGAACCGAGAGGGGAAUUACAAAGCAACAACAACAGCAGAGAAUAAAAACAAAGACAAUGGCAAAGAAGAUUAAAAAGAAAAAAAAAAUGCAAUCCCAUCGCAACAAAAGAAUAGCAAGAUGAUUCCCAGAAGAGAAACUUAAGUGGAAAAAGAGGAAAAUACUCAGAAGAAACGUUAUAAAAGGUGAAAACAAAUGAGUACCCAGAAAAGAAGAUAAUGGAUAGAAAAGAAAGGAAUUACUCGAAUGAAAGAAAUAAAAGCAACAAUGUGAGUGAUUAAAAAGGCGAUAAGGAGUAAGAUAAAUUAGAAUGGCACAAAAGGAAGAUGAAAAACAGAGGAGAAAGAUAAUAGUCUGAAUGAAAGAAAAUAAGAAAAUAAGAAAAAAAGACAUCAAAAUACGAAAUAAAUAGAAGCUGAAAAGGAAGCUGAUAAAUAGUAGAGAAACGCUGAUGACCCGAAACGAAAUAUACUAAAAAAUAAUGAAAACCAAAACAUCAAAAUACGAAAAGGAAGAUGAAAAAAAUAAUAGAAGAAAAAGUUAACAACCCGAAGCGAAGAUCAAGAAAAAGCGACCCCCCAAAAAAUAAAUAAAUACCAACACAAAACAAUGAAAAGUAAAAACGAAAAAUAAAAAAUAAAAAGACGAACUCAAAAAUAACAGUAAAACAAAAUCACGCUCAAAAUUUACUUACUGCAUCGUUCCAAAAAAGGAUAAACGGCUUGCAAUGGAGAACAUGUUUGUGAGCGCCGCCUGUAGGUAUAGUUUACGAGGACACAACAAGUACCCAGGCUAUACUAUACUGUGUCUAUUGGUUAUACUAUGCUGUGUCUGUCCCGUACCCCUUCCCCCUUCCUUUACCCCUCCGUGCUACCCACCUAUUCCCCUCCUCUCUACUUUGUUUCUCUUUUCUCUCCCUCCCUCCGUCUCCCUUCCUACUCUACUCUCUCCUUUUCCUUCCCCUCCCACUAUGUUUACCCUCCCUCUCUCCCUUCUCCUUCUCUUCGUAUUCAUUCCACUUUUUCCUCCUUCCCUCUUAUGCUUCCCGUACCAUUCCCUCUUCUCCUUUCCUUCGUGGCCUUUCCGUCGACCCCUAACGGUGUCUCAGUAAGGGCCGCCUCUCCAUCUAUCUGACUCUUUGUGUUAUAGGUAACGUGGCUCAUUUUCCUUCUUAUUUUCCGGUUGUCCUUUCCUUCUCCUCCUCUGUCAGUCUGCUCAUCCGUCUGUUCACCCGUCUGUCCAUCUGUUCGUGUGUUCAUCCGUCUGUUCAUCCACAUGCUUCCGCAAAUAUCCAAUUAAUGCAAGGGAAAAAUACAUGGAGCCGGGAGAGUGUUAGGAGCAGGUAAUCCGACUAGUGAAAGGCAUCUAAUUAAACAGGUGAUCUCCAUGUAGGCGCAGCGACUCGUGAUAAUCCCGCUGAGAGGACUUGAAACACACACACACACACACACACACACACACACACACACACACACACACACACAGGCG